AUGCCUGUCUACACGGUAUCAAAUGUUCAAAAUUUCAGAAUAUGUGUGGUGAUGGUGGGACUGCCAGCGAGAGGCAAAUCGUUCAUUUCACAAAAAAUUGUGCGUUAUCUAUCCUGGCUUUCUAUCAAAUCUAAGUGUUUCAACGUGGGCAAUUACAGACGUCAAGGUGCUCCCAGGCCAAGCGCAGAAUUUUUCGAUGCUUCUAAUGAGGAGGCAUAUAAAAUAAGGGAACAGGCAGUGACACAAGCCGUUCUUGAUAUGAUGAAUUGGUUUGCAGACGAGCAAGGCGUGGUAGCUAUUCUCGAUGCGACCAAUUCGACCAGGCAAAGGCGGAACUGGGUGUUGAAGCUUUGCCGGGAAAACUCUAUCGAGCCAAUGUUUUUGGAAAGUUGGUGCGACGACAAUGACAUUGUUCUGAGGAAUAUCGUAGACGUCAAGAAUUCUUCACCAGACUACAAAGGUGUGGACCCUGAAGUUGCCACGGCAGAUUUCUUGGAGCGAAUCGCGAAUUACGAGCAGGUAUACCAAGCGCUGGAUGAAGUACAAGACAAGGAUCUCACAUUCGUGCGAUUGAUCAAUAUUGCUCAGCAGGUUAUUAUCAAUAAAGUCGAAACCUAUCUGGAAAGCCGGAUUGUGUUUUACGUGAUGAAUCUCCACAUAAAACCGCGCUACAUCUGGUUGUCAAGGCACGGUGAGUCGAUCUACAACCUGGAAAAAAAAAUUGGAGGCGAUUCAUCGCUUUCGCCGCGAGGACUCCAAUACGCCAAAAAACUACCAGAACUAGUGCGUGAGUCCGCUGGUAAUCGCGAUCUCACUGUAUGGACAUCUACGCUGAUUAGAACACAAGAGACCGCUCAAGAUUUACCUUACAAGGAACUACAGUGGAAAGCUCUAGAUGAGCUUGACGCUGGCGUAUGCGACGGUAUGACAUACGAAGAGAUUGAAGAAACGUUUCCGGAGGACUUCCAGGCACGGGACGAGGACAAAUAUGAGUACAGGUAUCGCGGUGGUGAGUCCUACCGUGACGUGGUAAUAAGGCUCGAGCCAAUCAUCAUGGAACUCGAGCGGCAAGAAAAUAUUCUUAUUAUAACACAUCAGGCCGUGCUAAGGUGCAUUUAUGCUUAUUUCAUGAAUGUGCCCCAGGAGGAAUCGCCCUGGAUGUCAAUUCCACUGCACACCUUGAUACGUCUCGAACCUCGGGCGUAUGCGACCCAUGUAACAAAAAUCAAAGCAGAUAUUCCCGCGGUCAGUACGUAUAAGGGAAAGGGGACCAGUCAGGUUGGUGAAAGCGACUCAAGUCAAAAGAAGUCGGUUCAUGCGCUAAUGAAUUCAGAUGGUCAAAAUUAA